AUGUCUCAUCUACCAGAUCAAGGGCUUACUGCGGGUGUGACUGUGCUCAGAGUAAAUGGUAAUGCCUUACAAGAUGUACCUUUCCAACAAGCAAAACUAGGACUCUACACUGAACUCAUUUCAUUUGCUGUGGAAAAAAUAAAUGGAAUUACCAUGAUUAAAUGUUCCAUUCACUGCGCUUCAAAUGCAAACUGCUUUUCCAUGGUUUUCGAUUUAGACAGAGGACUAUGUUUUCUACUUUCAAAGGGGAUUUCCGUUGAUGCUUUAACCAAACCACAUCUACCGACAAACAUACAAGCUUUUACAAAAGAUGGUAUAAAAUGCUCUGAUAUUGGAUACCAAGAGUCCAACUGGCAAAAUGAUAGAUGCUUUAAAGCCCACUUCGACACAAAAACAAAACCGGAAGCUGACAAAGAAUGCGCUAAAGAAUACGGAUUCCUCGUACAAAUUGAUUCCGCCUCAAAACAUAAUGCAGUAAAACAGUUUGUCCAAAGUCUCCCGUCAGGAAAUAAGUUUUUUAUUGACGGAAGUGACAAGGCUAAUGAAGACGAUUGGCGCCUUUCAGAUGGAAAUCUCCUCUAUCUUGACUGGAAACCAGACGAACCAAAUAGACUCCAUGUUACUGUGGAAUAUUCCAUGAUGGUGGCAGGACAAACUAAAUUUGAUCCUGACUGGCAUUUUGGAGUCUGGAAAUUAAAAUGGCUUUCAUUCACAUCAGAAACCAUGAAUGAUAUAGCAUACACAGUCCGUCAUUCAUCCCUCAGAGGCCAUAACAUUCCUCAGGUCGUGUCAGAUCCACAAACACCUGUGCAGUUUAGGGACUGGAAGUCGUACCUUCCUGAAAGAUCAAAAUAUCAUUCCCUCCGUAAAUGA